UGUCACAAUCGAAACGUCAUACAAAAAUAGCAUCAAGUCAAAGAUGAAAGUUAUUUUUAAUAUUUCUUUUAUAAAAAUUAGUUAAAUGAAUUGUUCUACUAUUUACAAUGAAUAAUUUAACCUCGCAAGCAGAACUCAACUUCCCAAAGUAUCCGCCCUCCAAAUUGUGAUUAUCAUUUAAAAACAGAGUUUACAUAAAUUAUGAUUUUACUAAAGCAAACAGUAAUAUAUUCUCGAAUAGGAAGCAAGGCAAUUCCGAGGACUACGAAGGGGUGGGGCACCAAGAAUAAGGAUGGUGCAUCUGGAGAUGACCGGUAUCCAGCCGGGGUCUCAUUUCCUCACCAUCAAUGAUCUGCCGAAUGAAUUACUUAUCUACAUUUUUUCUAUGAUCGAUUUUGAAUCAGUGCUGGCGGUGGCACAGGUAUGUGUGAGAUGGCAGCAGCUCUGCCUGACGCCCUGCAUAUGGGACAACACCCGCCUCAUUGUAUGCAUGAAGAACUAUGUGAGAGUAAGUGACAGUGUCGUCCCAUUUGUGGCUAAAUAUUUAAAGAAAGUAAAAUUACAGUAUUUCAAGUUGUAUUCUCAAGUCAGAACUUCAUUAAUAAGUUACUGUCCUAACUUGACUCACCUAGAAAUAAGUAUAUCACUAGUUGAUAGUUGUAUUUUUGACGACUUGGGUCACUGGCCUAAUUUGAAACUCCUGAGCUUUCGCAACUCAUUAAUCGUGCAAACUACAGAGAAUGCUAAUGGAAAUUUUGUGUAUCACUUGCCUUUUGAAAAGCUGAAGUAUUUGGAGACUCUCAUUCUGUCCAACUUUGCAUUGACCCACAGUAGUUUGUACAGCAUGUUGCAGUGUGUAAAUUUAGCGAGCAUCAAUAUGGAGAAAAUGAAGAAUAUACCCGCCGACUUCCUAGAGUCUCUACUCAAGACAAAACAAAAUACAUUAAGAGCCUUGCACAUAUAUGGAGACAUAUUGAAUGAUGAUAUUAUCUCCUUAAUAUCAAAAUGUAAGGUUCUGCAAGUUUUACACAUAAUGACUUGCAAAACAUUGUUUGAUUCUAGUCUGUUGCAUUUGUACAGACUGAAAAGUUUGAGAUCCCUGAAGUUACGUCACGGUUAUUUCUCAACGAAUGCUCUAUUGGCAUACUUUUCGAAGAAUUUAUUCCAACAUCUGACAUACCUCAGCCUGUCAAGAUGCCACCACGUUACAAUGCAAGUGGCCAAGGUCAUCAAAACCAGUGCCCCUAAUCUGAAAGAGUUGUCCUUCUACUUGUGCCCUUUCAUAGUUGCUAGGGAUUUCAAAAGGGCAGAACUAGAAAGAAUGUAUAACAAAAUAGAGUUACUACUUGAUUGAUAUGGUUGUUCAUUUAUACAUAAAAGCAGCUCGGUAUCCGUCCACAGUGAAACAAUAAAAUAAACAAUAAAAUUGUUACUCUUACUGAACUUUGUAAAUGUUAUAAUUUUUUGAAUUAUAGCUGAUGCAUCUUUAUAAGAAAACAAAAGUAUACAGAGUGUUUUAUUUAACUGGGAAUUUAUGUGAAAAUCUUAAGUGUUAAUGUAGAAGAUAUAGGGAAAUAAAUCAUUUAGUAAACAGAAAAAAUAGGAAAAUAAGACAUUUGUAGGGCAUAUUAAAUUUAUGCUAACUCUGAUUUAUUUAUAAAUAUAAAAAAAAUGUAUUAUAAUAUUAUAUAAUGUCGCUUAGUUUAGGCAAGGUUACAUAGGUGUGAAAAGAUAAAUGUUACUUAAAUUACUGUAGACUAGGUAGUGAGAUAUUAUAUAUUCUUAUUAGAAAACAGAAAAACUCCAGAGUUCAUGAUUCACUAUUGAUCUUAGUAUUAAAAAGAUUUUUAUUUUAUUUGACUAACUUAACUCAUACUCAGACAUAUUUUAAUGAAAUGUUGUUUUUAAAUCUAUGUUAAACAAAGACAUGAUAUUAAUAUCAUUUAUAAUUCUAGAUUAACUGAACAUAUUAGUAUACAAUUUUGAAUAGGAAUACUUAUAUUAAUGUCUAAACAUGGGCGCUUUUUUUUACAUUAUAUAGGCGAGCGCUUGACGGUAAGCAAUGAUGGAGCCUAUGAUGAAAUACGCUUGCCUAAAAUAUGCCUAUUCACUCUUAACUUGAAUACACCCACCCAUGUUUUAGGUUUUUGAUUUUUUUUUUGUUUGAAUAUGACUAAUGUUUCCAUUACCCUCCAAUUAGUCGGGAAAGACUGUGUUAGGAGUGGGUACGACAAUAGACCAACGGGGCGGGGAUUGAACCACCCCUCGGUGAUGAAUCCAACCUCUCUUACUGUUGUGCUAUUGAGGUAGGUAGUAGGGAAAACGGAAUCUGGAAUGGUAUUCCAGAAUUUCGCAGAUAUCACGAAUGGAAAGCCGAAAAGCUCCAAGUACAAUAUUUGUUAGGAUAUUUCCAUAGAAACUAGAUCUACAAGUUAAAAUGUUUUAUGCAGCUAUUUAAUACAUGAAAAUGACUUGUUAAACAAUAACAAAAAAUAAUUAUCAAAUUUACUCAUAAUGUCCUAGUUAAAUUUUAACCUACUUUUUAGAUCAUAUUUAUAAAAUGUUUCUUAAUGAAGGGAAAUGAAUGGCUAGAUGAAUUCUAAGAUGUGCAAUAUUUACGUGUAUGUUUUAUACUAAUGCUACGUGUAAUCUUUAAUAAAUACAUAAGAUACUAGAUUAUAAUAAUAAAUGCUUGUUUGUGGUAUAAAAAAUUAUGAUAUAGUAAAACUGUUGACCUAGUUCCCACAUUAAAAUAAUCAAAAGUUAUGAAAUUGUAAGAAGUUGCAUUUUAAUUUCAGUUAAUGAAGUGUAAAGAUUAAAGGUUGAAACUCAUUAGUGCCACCCAGCACCUGACUCACCCUAACCAAGGGUAUGUGGUGUAGCAACAGAGUUGACAUAGCAAGCUUAUGUCCAUAGAAAUGCAAGUGGUGUUGGGUUAAUAGCAUUUUUGCUCCAAUGAGGUAUAACUCUAACAGUCAUAUUAAGAAACAUGGAAUAAGAUUUAAGCCUCAAUUUGCUUCAAAGUAAAGUGGACCUAAUCACUACUAUUUAAAGUUUAAUUUACUUUGAAGUAAAUUGAUACUUCAAAUUUAAUCCAUGUUUAUAAAUAUGUCCGUAAAACUUCCCAAACAUUGGGAAUUUAUAAGUAAGUAUAUAAAAUUUCCUGGAAAUAUUGUUGUUAAAAUUCAAUAGAUAUGACAUACAUCAGUAUUUUAGAUAUAUUUAUAGUAUUAUGUGAAUAGUUCACUACUAUGUAUUUCUGUGAAUAAUUUACACUGUAUUUCUGAGAAUAGUUUAUCUCACAGCAAUGUGUAAAAGCUGACAUGUAUAUUAUAAUUCUAGUAUUUAUUUACAAAAGUAGCAGUUGCCUACUUACUUGCAAAUAAAUAAAUAUACUUGCCAGUAGCAAGUAUUUUUAAGAUCAGACUACUGCUUGAUUCUUAAAAUCUGUACAUAUAAUCUAAAAAUCGAUAGGCUUAUAAUAUUUAUUAUAAUAGACCUUUCACACUAACCUUUAUCCACGGUGCAUUGUCCAUUACAUUUCCAGCGAAAAUGUUGCGAUAUCGCGAUAUUCGACAUCGAACUGUGUAUCACUAAUUAGACGAAGGCCUAGAUUGGAGGUAUACUUACUCAGCGAAUCAAUUUAAAUAUAUAGGCAGAUUUGUGAAAUUUAAAAAUACAGUAGUAGUUAGACUUUAGAAUAUAAAACAAUGAGGGAGUGUCACAUAAGUUAGUAUAGCAGUAUACACCGAGUUUAAAGUUUUAGGCGUGGCUAUGGAUGGCCUAGUUAGAAAUAUGCUACAUAACCUAUGAUUGAAUCUCAAAGUUGCUUCAAGACUGGCCCAUAUAUGAAGUAAAAGGUAUUGUUGUAUUAAAAACCUUUAGUUUAUACAAGGUUAAAAAUAUAUUAUAAAUAUAUGUAUAAAAAUAAUAAAAUACUAGAAUUAUACUAAUAUUUUGGCUUUAAUACUUCACUGUGAUGUUUUAUAUAGUCAAUUAUAAUAAUAACUCAUGUGCCUUAAAAAGGAUAGAAUGUUGUUUAUUUAUUGGCUUCUAGAUAUAGCAGAAAUUGAUGCAUUGUGUUUAAUGACGUAAGUUUUAGAUGGUUAUUACUUAUGAAACAUAGUAUUUUGGUGUAAAAUUGAUAAUAUUAUUCCUGUACACUUGGUCGAGCCGAUCCAUACUUUUUAGUGUUAUUCUUGAUAUGAUAUUGGUUUUUGUAGUGCCAAAUUACAGUAUUUGGCCAUUUUAAUCUGCAAAUUUUGUCAGCUUUUAGACAAUGGUGAUUCAAAGACCUAUAGUUCAUUAAUCAAGAAAGUGAAAAUAGAAAAUUCAGUAUUCUAUACACUGUCCCUGGCCUUUGAAACUUUGGGUAAAAUUAAUAUGGAUGAGAAAAGAAAUAUCAAUAUUGGCCAAAGUUCUUACUGUUGUAAGCAGGGGGAAUAUUAUUAUUAUUUAAGGAGGCCCAAUGUAUUUGCAAUCGACAAUAUUUUACUGAGUUUUAAUGAUAAAAUUACAUUUAAGUACUCUUUUUAUCUUAUACACUGCAUCAUUCAUUUUUUAUUAUGCUUUUAUAAAAAGUAAUUUAUUAUUUUCAAUUACCGUCGCUAAUGCGAGGGCGUUGUGCAAUUAACCUCUUAUCAAAGCAAAUUCCAAGAUAUACUGUUGUAAUUCAUUUAAGAAAUUACUUUCACUAUCUACGAAUAGUUAUUUGCGGUGCGGCUCGUUCAAUGUGUGAGAGCCUUUAGAGAAAAUGUAUGUACUAAUUUAUAAAAAAGCAAAGAAUCGAAAUUAUGCUCAUUUUAGGACAUAUUGGUACUAAAAUUACUGUGAACCCACUCGAAUUAUUUAGACGCUCAGUAUGAUAAAUUUAUUUUACAAGUUUUGUUUUAAGCUAAUCAAUUUAUGUUAUCGGUAUAUGAGCUAGUGGAAAAAAUGAGGAGGCUAUUUCUUGACCUUGGAUCUAUGAAACUGUAACGCAUAAUAAACCCAUUUUUUUCAAAUUCAAUUUAAAUCUGUGAUCUGUGGCUCUCUGAAUGUUUAUUUUGAUUUAAAUUACUCUUAGUAAAUUGUAAACGUAUUAAAUAUAUUAAAUACUUGAAUACCUCCUCAAAAUGUCUCUCCAUUAAAGCUCUCCAAAUAUUUUAAAAUGGCGAUCUUAUAUGGUCCCGUAAAAUAUGAGUUAUAUCUAUUUUUUAUUCUAUUAUUUUUUGUGAGUUGACCUCAUGAUUUUAAAUUAUUUGUAUUGUAUAAAAAGUAUUUCAGUAUAGAAUUAAAUCUUAUAAAGUAAUAUUAUAUAGGAUUACCCUAACUUGACAAGUUAUAAUCUAAAAAUUUACGGCCUUACUUAUAAACGUUAUAGACGUAGAGCCCUGUAAACCGCAGACCUUUGUUAUUUCAGUAGUCAGACGGUUGAGGGACUGGAUCCCUAAAACCUGCUACCUCCCAAAGCCACGUUCCAAACUCCAUAAUGGGUAUGAUGACUAGGUUUGAAUGUAUUAAUUUUAUUGAGACAUUCGGGUAAAUAAGGUCAAUAUUAACUAAUUAAUAUGUAAAAAACAAAGAUUGACUGUAUGUUUGCAAAAAUAUAAGAUUAUAAAAUUUCAAAAUCUACUAAAAUUCUUCCUUCCAAAUAACAAAGUUAUUUGUAAUUUUGUUUGAACGCCCAUACAAAUCUAACGAUCAGCGAACCAACGACGUCAUUAAUUCGUGUCAUUUUGAAAGGGGCGUUUUCCAGAGAUCUGUGGCAGAGCCUCAAAUCUGACUCUUUAAUUCUCUGUAACUCCGAAAGUAAUGAUCGCAGAUACCCUGUUACUUUUAGAAAAUUUGUGUAAGUACUUUUAGCAUACUCCUAAUUUAUAUACAAUUUAAUAACCUGUCAUCAUCCCUAUUGACUACCGUACUUACUUAUGGUAGUAGCAUGAGCUGACAAACUUUCAGCUUGACUAAGGUCUGGGGUUCACGACGGGCUCGUCAAAAAAGUAGUUUAAGUGAAAUUGACUUAAAAACUUUUUGUGUAAGUUUUGCUUCAGGGUAAAUAGAGCUUAAAAGCAAUGCACAUUAGGUUCAAUUUUCUCAGACGCAUUUUGUUGCAUGAAUUUAAGUAACGUUUAUAAGUAAGGCCAUUAGUGUCUACUUACGAGCAUAAUGGUGUGUGUGUAUAAAUAAAAGUAUUUUAUAGUUAUAUUGUUUGUGCGCUGUUGUUUACCAUACACACAAUAAAUUGUAAUAUCGAA